ACCCCGACCCUCUCCCAAAGUGGCUUCACUGUAGUCGGUCCUCGGUGGUGUAGGCUGCGUAUCAAGUCCACGCUUGAGCCGAAUCGAGGAGACUCCGUUCUACUUCUACCUUUGGGCUUGGUGCUCAAUGCGAAGCCGCAGCAACUCAGGCACGCCUAAGUCAACUCAUGCAGAAAAGGGAGAAAAGUUUUGGUAUACAAAUGCUCUCAGUCCAGCCAGACACCAAGCCGAAAGGUUGUGCUGGCUGCAACCGAAAGAUCAAGGACCGCUAUCUUCUAAAGGCACUGGACAAAUAUUGGCAUGAAGACUGCCUGAAGUGUGCCUGCUGUGACUGUCGUUUGGGAGAGGUGGGCUCCACCCUGUACACUAAAGCUAAUCUUAUCCUUUGUCGCAGAGACUAUCUCAGGCUGUUCGGUGUAACGGGCAACUGUGCUGCCUGUAGCAAGCUCAUCCCUGCCUUUGAAAUGGUUAUGAGGGCCAAGGACAACGUCUACCACCUGGACUGCUUCGCCUGUCAGCUUUGUAAUCAGAGAUUUUGCGUUGGAGACAAAUUUUUCCUAAAGAAUAACAUGAUUCUUUGCCAGACGGACUACGAGGAAGGCUUAAUGAAAGAAGGUUAUGCACCCCAGGUUCGCUGAUCUAUCAACGUCACCCCAUUACGAAUACAAAGCACUACAUUCUUUUAUCUUUUUUGCUCCACAUGUACAUAAGAAUUGACACCAGAACCUACUGAAUAGCGUAGAUAUAGGGAAACAGGAUGGUUAUACGGAAUAACAGGCGGACUGCAUCUGUAUGUAGUGAAAUUGACCCCAGUUCAGAGUUGAAUGUUUAUUAUUAAAGAAAAAAUGUAAUGUACAUAUUGCUGGAUUUUUUUGCUUGCUAUUUGUUUUUGUGUCACUUGGCAUGAGAUGUUUAUUUUGGACUAUUGUAUAUAAUGUAUUGGACUAUUUGAAGCACAAAUGUAAUACAGUUUUAUUGUGUUACCAUUUGUGUUCUGUUUGCUUCUUUGUAUUGUUGCAUUUAGUACAAUCAGUGUUUAAACUUACUAUAUAUUUAUGCUUUCUGUAUCUACCAGCUAUUUUAAAUGAGCUGUAACUUUCUAGUAAAGAAUUGAAGAGCAAAUCUCAUUAAUGAUACACGAUAGAUAAAGCAAGUCUAUCAGCAUUUUAAAAAAAUACUAAAAAAUAAAGACACACGAAACGUUUUAGUGACAUCCACUACUUACUGCCACUAUGAUUUAGGGUCUAUCGGUGUUCUCAUUAUAAUCCCCUAUUUUCAGGGGGUUAAAAAUCAGCUUUAAAAACACAUAAAAUUUCAUCUUAAAGCACUUUCAUUUUAUACCAACGUGAAAAGUGCCAUUUUUAGAAUAUCCUUAAAGCUUAACUGUUAUCCUCUUAAUAUCAUUUAUGUGUUAUUUACCUGUAAAAUAGCUUUGGUUUUUUUUUUCAGCAACACCACCUAUGUGAACUAGUGCCUUUGGGUAUCAUGUAAAAUUUUUCCAAAGGGUUACUUGAAAAAGUGUUACCACAAUUAUGAGAUAAGUUUAAAAGGACAAAUGAAAUUUCUCGUAUAAGCAUUGCCUGGAUCUUUCCCCAGGAGCUAAGGUUUUAAUAACUAUUGCUUAAUGAGUUCAUGGCACUGAAAAGAUCUGCAUGUGAAUCCACUGAAAUUAUGACAACGUGUAUAGAAGCUAUGAUGGUAUUUGAGUAGCGAGGUUACAGCAACACGACUGUAGAAUCUUCUAGAAGAAGAGAAACAAAGGGAUGGAUGAAAAGCUGAGAAUGAUUAUUUUCUA